AGAGCAUUCUGCAGCCCAGAGUGCGAGGGAAAAGGCAAAACUAGAAAAGCAAAAUCGUCCCCAGGGGUGGACCCAGCGACAAGUCUGCUGCGUGGCUGGCAUCAGACCCCCAAGCUGCAGCCUGGCAAUGUACGCUUUUGGAAAACUGCUCUCGCCUCAGAGCCUGACCCAGCUGCAGGCUUCACCUCUGUAGGGGACAUGCAGCUUGUGAUCCAGGCUGAGGAGAAAGGACCUGCUGUCGGCUUUCAUUUCCUGACUGAAGUUGGGUGAUGAGGUUAGGGGCCCAGCUGCCAAGGGGAACCAUAGUGUUCAGAUAGGCAGCUGUGCCUUUGUGUCAGCCACCUAGGAUGCUCUUCCUCUCUCCGAGUGCUAUGGACAACGGGUCGUGCUGUCUCAUCGAGGGGGAACCCAUCACCCAGGUAAUGCCACCUUUACUCAUCCUGGCCUUCCUGCUUGGAGCCCUGGGCAACGGCCUAGCCCUGUGUGGUUUCUGCUUUCACAUGAAGACCUGGAAGUCGAGCACUAUUUACCUUUUCAACUUGGCUGUAGCCGAUUUUCUCCUCAUGAUCUGCCUACCCCUUCGGACAGACUACUACCUCAGACGUAGGCAUUGGAUUUUGGGGGAUAUUCCCUGCCGCCUGGUCCUCUUCAUGCUGGCCAUGAAUAGGGCCGGAAGCAUUGUCUUCCUCACUGUGGUGGCCGUGGACAGGUAUUUCAAAGUGGUCCACCCCCACCAUAUGGUGAACGCCAUCUCCAAUCGGACUGCAGCUGCCAUCGUCUGUGUCCUCUGGACUUUGGUCAUCUUGGGGACUGUGUAUCUUCUGAUGGAGAGUCACCUGUGUGUGCGGGGGAUGGUGUCAUCUUGUGAGAGCUUCAUCAUGGAGUCAGCCAACGGGUGGCACGAUAUCAUGUUCCAGCUGGAGUUCUUCCUGCCCCUGACCAUCAUCUUGUUCUGCUCCUUCAGAGUUGUUUGGAGCCUGAGACAGAGGCAACAGCUGACCAGACAGGCUCGGAUGAGGAGGGCCACCCGGUUCAUCAUGGUGGUGGCUUCCGUGUUCAUCACGUGUUACCUGCCCAGCGUGUUGGCGAGGCUCUACUUCCUCUGGACGGUGCCCUCCAGUGCCUGUGACCCCUCUGUCCACAUAGCUCUCCAUGUCACCCUGAGUCUCACCUACCUGAACAGCAUGCUGGACCCUCUUGUGUACUACUUCUCAAGCCCCUCGUUCCCCAAAUUCUAUGCCAAGCUCAAAAUCCGCAGCUUGAAACCCAGACGCCCAGGACGCUCGCAGGCACGGAGGUCGGAAGAGAUGCCAAUUUCGAAUCUCUGUCGUAAGAGUUCCACCGAUGUGGUAAAUAGUUCCCAGAGGCCGUCUGACGGGCAGUGGGGUCUCCAAGUGUGUUGAAUGCCAUGAAGACAAAUGGCCCAGCAGCAAAGCAGAGACCUGGGCAACUGUGAGUUAAAUCUGAAGGGUGAGGGACUUGAAAAAUGACAGCCCCCCCCCCCGCCCACCCGCCCGCCCGCCCCGCUCUUUCUCAGCUGUGUCUUUCUCACUCAAGUAGAAGCAAAAUCUACUUCCAAAUGACUGGUUUGGGUUUAAAUACUCUGAUGGCCAUGGUAAGGGGGCAGCCGCAUGUGAGUGUGAAGGAAACAGUGGGUGCCGGGGUUAGGAACUACUCAGAGCCCGUGUCGCUUUGCACGGCUGAGAAAAUCGCUUUGAGCCUUGCCGGGUCUUGUUCUAGCUGGGAGAGAGUUAAUGAUCUCAAUAACUCGUCGGUAUUUCCUGGACUGAAAAAAAAUAGAAACUGCACUGAGUCAAUACACUUAUUUCCAGCUGAGCGAGACCCUUUACAGCAGGACACCCAGUCCUAGCCGGUUUUUUAUCUUUCCCUGGGGAGCCUCCCAACAUUUCAAUGUUUGAACAUACAGGUGGCCCAGGAGGGCAAAAGAAAGAAGCUAUUCCAACCCUCCUAACUUUCUGGCAAUAUGUUUCUUUGUUUUUUGUUAUUUUGUUUUGUUUUUUUCUGAUUUUAGGUUUGUUUCUUUGUUUCUCUUUUGUUUGCAUUUCAAAGAAGAUGUGUAGGGCCUUGUCUACACAUAGGCUAUCAGAUAUUUCUCCAGUGGAAACUGAGAGCCUUCGUACUACCACCAGGGGGUCCUUCCUGGUAUUUGGGACCUGUUAGUUCCAACACUGUUGUUUUUCACUGCUUGAGGCAUGACUGUGAGUUGAAAUCAUUUCUUCAUUCUCAAGUCUCUGUCAAGAGCGCUUGCCUAGCAAGCACAAGGCCCUGGGUUCGGUCCUCAGCUCCGGAAAAAAAAAAAGUCUCUGUCAAAUCCAUAGUGUGUUGUCCCGCUCUAUCCAGCAUCCUCAUGGGUUUUGUCUCUGGUGCUGGGCAUUGAACUUGGGACCUUACCUGACCUAGACAAGCACUGACCACUGAACCCCACUCCCAAUCCCGUCGUGUCCCUUUUAGCUGUAGUGUUGUUAGCCAACUCUUGGGAGAAAAUAAAGCACUAGGGGAGGCAGCAACAGUUCAGCUCCGCUCCCUCUCAUCAGUGUCUAGACUUCUAGUCAGCCAUGGGGGUUUCUUCCUACUGUGGGCCUCUCUCACGCACGAAUGUUCCCCAAAUACUACCUGGUGUUCUCACAGCCAGGGGACUCUGAAAGCACAGGCUGCUCUCGUCCUGGAGAAGGGGAAAUAGAUUCCGUGUGUUAACCUUAGCUCUACUUUCAAGCCACAAAAGCGGUGACUGACAGUGAUUCACUUUCGCCAAUUCCCAGGGCACUCUCCCCAAGAGACACUUUAGCCAGAGACACUCCUCAAGGUUGUCCCCAUGGUUUCCCUUGCCAGAGGUGUCAUACAGCCUAGUAGCAAAAACCAGUCUGACUGUAGGAGCUGUCGAGAUGGCUCAGAAGGUGAACAGGUCUGCCACCAAGCCACCAACCUGAGUAUCCCUGAGACCCACCUGAUAGAAGGCACUAAAUACAUUCAUGCAGUAACAAUGUUACUGGCGAGUGGAUCUCAGUUUUGACUCUUAGUUUAAAUACUUAUUAGGCUUGUGCUCAUAGGGAAGAUUUUAUUUAACUGCGCUCAGUUUCGAAUUCUCCAUUUGUUCAACAGGGGUGGUACUGAUGCCAAAGGGUUUGGGGGCAAAUUCAAUAACGGUGCCCUCAUUAGCAUAAGGAAUUUGUGGUUCCUGGGUGCCUAGAAGACCAUGUGUGUACAGUAGACGAGAAAUAAAGCUGCUGACCGACU